AUGUCAUCAAUCCACAAGUCGGACAGUUCCACUCAUGUUCCUUCUGCUACACCUGGUCCGUCUUGUUCCUCUCAUGUUCCUGAACCCGUACUUGAAACACCAAAUGAACCACAAGAAAAACCCGAUUUUGCCCUGGAAAAUGUGAGAUUUGGUAAAGGCAACGUGUUCACAAGAAGGACGAAGGCUAUUCCAAAACCUAUGCAGGUCCAAGAAUCCAACUCAAACCCUUCGAAUGAGGUAACUAUUUCUAGCCAUUUUUUACAAGAUAAAACUGAAUUGCAUGUGGAUAAUGAUGACCAGGACCUUCCAAUUGCCAUUAGGAAAGGAACUAGAGAGUGUACAAAGCGACCUUUACACCCUCUUGCACAUUUUCUAUCCUUUAAUAAUUUUUCGCCAUCUCAUAAAGCCUUUGUUGUAAGCCUAAAUACCAUCACCAUUCCAACCACCUUGUCCGAGGCUUUAUCUAACGAAAAAUGGAAACAAGCUAUGAAUGUGGAAAUGGAGGCGUUGAAAAAGAACAAAACUUGGGAGUUGGUGAAGUUAUCGGAAGGAAAAAGACCAAGGAAGAGAUUUAGAUGGAGGUUCCACCAGGAUGGGAAGAAUUUGACUGCUCAUACCGUGUGUAGAUUGAAGAAGGCACUGUAUGGCCUUAAGCAGUCACCACGGGCAUGGUUUGGGAGAUUUGCAAAAGUUAUGUUGGCUACGGGAUACAAACAAAAACAAGGGGAUCAUCCAUUGUUCAUUAAGCAUUCUCCUUCAGGGGGAGUUGCAGCUCUUUUGGUGUACGUUGAUGACAUAAUAUUGACAAGAGAUGAUGUUAGGGAGAAACAAGUCUUGAGUCAGCAUUUGGCGAAGCAAUUUGAGAUUAAAGCAUUAGGAAGGUUUAAGUACUUUCUCGGGAUUGAAGUUGCUCACUCGAAGCAGGGAAUCUUCUUUUCUCAACAGAAGUAUGUUACGGAUCUUCUCAAGGAGACUGGCAAGACAGCAUGCAAACCAACGAGUACUCCUAUAUAUCUGAAUUUCAAACUUGGGAAAGAAGAGGAGGAUGCCGCAGUGAAUAGAGAAAUGUAUCAACAUUUAGUGGGAAGACUCAUUUACUUGUCUCACACAUGA